AUGUCUAUAAAAAGUAAUCCAACAAUCAAACUUAUGAAGAAACAACACCAAAAAUCAACCAAAACUGAACACCGGGUCUCGAAUUUACAGACCUACUUAGAGUGUGACAUUAUACCUAAAGGUUUCCAGAUUAAUGUCACGCCUAACAUAGGGCCAAUCUCCAAACGCUUUCAAGAACGUUGGGAAGAUAUUACAAAGAGGUGUUCUAAACAAUUGAUGUCACUCUGUCUUUCUUGGGAUAUCCACAAGUUAGGACAAUUUGAGAGUGAUAUCACGUCCUUAGAAUCAUCCUUCACUGAUAGCAUGUCCCAAGCUGAUCUUGAUGAAGCCCAUUAUAUUAUUGACACCUAUAAUAUGGCCCUAACAAAUGAACUCAACAAGACUCAAAGAAAGAAAUUUCUCCGAGACAGUGUUCCACAGACCAGGAACAACCGAUCAAAUCUAGAGGUCCGAGUUAACAAAACACGUAAACCCCGCUCGAGGCGCUUCAAGCGCUUAACGACAAUCGCGAGGGACGGACCCUCACAAACUCCUGACGUCUGCCCAGUGCUCAAUAGAUCUAGUGUUCCUCUCUCCGAAUCGGAGACCUCACUUCUUUCCAAGGGGCUGAAUUUCUGUCCCACGCCACAUGAGGUCGACGAAAAACAAGUCAGAGAGGACACCCGAGCUUUCUUUCGGAGACUUCGGUUGAAGGAGCACUUUUCUAGAAAAAACUCCGAAGUUGACUCAUAUGACUCUUCUCAGCCACAAUUGCACGAACUAGAGGAACACAAACUCUAUCGGCCAAAAAGUGACUGGGAACCUGCACCGGGCAAAUGCGGAGCCCUUGAGUCGUAUAUUGACGCCGUUGAGUCAGACAUAGAGAAACUCCUUUCAAUGCCAGACAAGGCUCCCGACAAUUUGAGUAAGGAAGAGAGAUCCGCCUUACAAUCAUUAAAGAAUCGGGAUGACAUUGUAAUCAAGAAAGCAGACAAAGGCUCUACAGUAGUAGUACUUGAUAAAGAGACGUACAUGGCGGAGGCCCAUAGACAACUCUCAGACGAACGUUUCUAUAAGAAACUGGACUCUGACCCUACUAAAGAAUUCUCCACCGCCAUCACCAAAACUCUUGAAAUGACACCACGGAAUACAUUAACAAGACGUCCUCUACUGGCCUUCCAGAUCGUACCCUUCUCGUGA